GCAAGAGCGUAGGAGCUCGGCAUCCCGGAGGGAGACGUGCCCCUCGUCUCGCCGACUGAGCUCUCGACCUGGCGGAGAGAGUUGUGGGCGCACGAGUCGGACGCUGUGAGCAGGUGCUCGGGGUGCGGCUCGAGUUCGACCCGGGCGGCCGGGCGACCGGGCUGCCCGCGCCGAGCAUGCCGCUCACGUGGUGCGAGGGCAAGGCGGCCGCGCUGGACGCGUACGGCGUGGUCGGCGGUCGGCUCUGCCUCGCGGUGGGCAACUCGAUGGACGACGUGCCGAUGCUGCGCCGCGCGCAGGCGGGCAUACUGUGUGUCCCUCGCGGCAGUACGAGCGAGGACCGUUGGACGGGCGAGGCGGAGGGGGCGCAGCGCCUCGCGAGGGUCGCGGCCGAGGAAGGCUUCUGGCUGCACGAGGCGACGCAGGGGCGGGAGGAGUACCUCCGGCUCGCGGCAGAGGCGGAGGCGAGCUGCGAAAGCUAGCAGCGCGGGCCGCGCGCGGUUGAGAGGGCUCACGUCUCAGUCGAAGGUCUCAGUGAGCGGCGCGGGCGCGUGCGCACGGACGAUAUGCUGCUCCUUGCACGCCGUAAGCAGUUUGCUAGAAUGAGCACACGCACUGCGA